AGGCGACGGACUGAAGUGACCACCAAGGGACAACAACCAUUUCUCCCUCUCUCUCUCGCGCGCGCGCCCGCUCACUUGACUCACUCGGCCGUCUCCAUGGCUGCCUUUCCGGUGGUUCACAGGCUCGCCGUGGUAAUCAGGUCUCCUUCGGAUGAGGAGUUUCUCGUCGCCAAGCAGCUACCACCGGACAUGCCGGUCGGAGAAGAAUACCAGAGUUACCUUGACUCCGACCUCUGGGAUCUGCCUUCUGCUGCACUCAACUUUUUGGAAGGAGAGUCAGAGUCGAGUUUCCUUGUUGAAAGCUGGGAUGCUUACGUGGAUAGCAUCGAUCUCCGAAAAUUCAAUGUUGAAUCAGCGGUCGCUCAGGUUCUUGCUGCAGCAGGCAUGGAAAAAUCAAGUUUCCGGCAUUGGAAGUUUCUGAAGCAUGUUGAAGAACCUGAAUUUGGACCAGAUCAUCGUGUUCAUACUCUGUUUAUACAUGGAAGCUUAGUGCACAACUGCUCAGUUUCAUCAGGGCUCAAAUGGAUGAGUAUCUUGAGCUUGAAAACCAUGCUUGUUCAAGUGGAACGGAAAAAUGGUCGGCUGGGGCCUCUGGUGGUUUCUGGUCUUUUAGCCGAUUCAUCCAUUUUGUCGAAAUUCAAAAUCAACAAGAAGUUUCUUUACCAAGAAUAUCCUCUAGGAGUUAUUGCUUUACCUAUGGGCAGUAGAACAGGAAGGCCAUUUCGUACCACAAACCUAGUUGUUAUUGCACCAGAUACUUGUGCCCAUAAUUUUGCAAAUUCAGGCUUUUCUGUCUAUGGAGAUGCUCUUAUAGUUGAUCCUGGUUGCCAUUCAGCACUGCAUCCUAUGCUGGAGGAGAUUGUGACUGCAUUGCCGAGAAAACUAGUGGUUUUUGUUACUCAUCAUCAUCAUGAUCAUGUUGACGGUCUAUCAGUCAUCCAGCGGUGCAACCCUGAUGCUGUUCUUAUUGCACAUGAAAGAACUAUGUCUCGGAUUGGAAAAGAUCUGUGGCAUCUACCUUAUACUCCUGUAUGUGGUGAUGAAAGGAUAUGCAUUGCUGGACAUGAACUGGAAGUUAUUGCUGCUCCAGGGCAUACUGAUGGCCACAUGGCACUUUUGCACACAAAUACACGCUUACUAAUUGUUGGUGACCAUUGUGUUGGACAUGGGAGUGCAGUUCUUGAUAUACGAUCUGGUGGAAACAUGAGGGAUUAUUUCCAGACGACAUACAAAUUCUUAGGGAUACAACCACAUGCACUUCUCCCUAUGCACGGAAGGAUUAAUGUUUGGCCUAUGCAGAUGCUUUGCAGUUAUCUCAAUCAUCGCAGAGACCGAGAAAACAGUAUCUUGAAAGUAGUUGAGGAUGGAGCAGAAACACUAUAUGACAUCGUGGCAAAAUGUUAUGCCGAUGUAGAUCCAAUCUUAUGGGUGCAUGCCUCCUCAAAUGUAAGACUGCACGUUGACCACCUAGCACUUCAAGGGAAGCUGCCCAAGGGGUUCUCUGUGGCAAAAUUCCGGGCAAGUUGCGGGCUGAUGUUUCUGGUUCCAUGUAUUUGGAGGAUCGUGAGAAGAGAGAUAAAGGUAAAACACAUUGCUGCGAUUUCGUUGGCAAUUGCGGCGGUCGGAAUCGCAAUGCUCGUUGCUCGCCACUAAUCUGCAGUCGCUUGCCCAAGGAAGUGUUCGUAUCGAGUCCUUGAAGAUUUGGAAUCUCAAAUACUCAAUGGAAAUGGUUCGACGGGCAGACUUUUUCAACCAUCUGAGGAUGUAACUGUUGUAGUUAAAUGUUUUUUAUACUUUUAUGUUAAUCUUUUCUUAUUGUGGUGAACGAGAGUGUCCUCUUUUAACUUAUAGGUUGAAUAUGGAAAGAGGGCACCAUGGUGUAGAACUGAUAAUAUGUCAUGGGGCAUAUUUGCGUUAGAAGAAAAAUAUAUCAAU